UUAAAUUCUGAAUCGGACUACUCUAGCUACAUAAUGACAAGCAGUGGGACGCUGUUCUAUUUCUGUAGUUUGCAGUUUGAGGCUUCGAGCCUCACGCGUGUCACAUGAAUGGAAGAUCAUCGCCUUUGAUGCAACACCGAUUCGAAGAUGGACUACUUCAAACGUCCAGCUUGACUGCUGGUUUCACUCCGAUACUUGGAGGUAGAGGCUCUGGGGGAUUGAGAAUGUCCUGGAGACUCCAUGACGGAACAGGAUGGAUCGAAUAGUCGUCGUGGUCACCGGCGAGGAAGCGGUGCAUAGACGCCCAAGCUAUCAUAGAAGCUUGCCUGUGCAAAGAGCUGGAUCAGGGAACACGGCUUCCACUGGAUUGAACUGUGACUCCGCGAGACAAACGCGCAGGCUAAACAGAGUAAGAGAAGAUAAACGGCACAUUAUGAAAAACGCACCGCUCUCGCAAGAGCGUGUUGCUAGCUACGCCUCCACUGACCACAACUUGCCGAAUCACAUGUCCCUCCGACUGACAAAGCUUGAGAGCAAGCAGCAACUUGGCCUCCAGAUGAGCAAAAGCUGCAUCUUGGAAUGCCCGGGCCAACGCUCGUUUGUUCGUCAGCUUAUCAACCCACCAGCAGCCGCUACGGUGCGCUCCACCCAGGAAUGCAAGCCAGCAUAGGAAAAUGCGAGUUUGCCCGGCAUUGGAUUCGGGGCAUGGUACUCGGGUUCAGGGCCCUCGGACCCCACGCCGGGCUCGGCACAAUACUUCUCUAGACCAGCGCCUGGACCGAGCGAUGUCCAUUUUAUCUGCAAGAGAGUAACAACGCGGUCGAUUGCAGACCCAAUGCUUUUAUCUGCUGUCGUCGCGACGAUGCGAAAUCCUGUGAGAGAUGUUGCGAGGACAAUCAUAGUAUGUCCGCCACUGACUAGCAGUGUCAGAAAAGGAAAUUUGGGAGGGAUGUCACAGGUCAAGCUCGCUGUGAGAGCAUGAGCUUGCUGGACAGAAACGUGAAGUCAGCUGGUACGAUAUACAACAUCGGAACAAUGUACCAUGUGAUGCACUCCGACAAGAGGUUUGUUGCAGGCAGCAGCUAGCGUUUUCGCAGCGUUCGUAGCUACAGACAAGCAGCCAGGUAGUCCUGGGCCUCUGGUGAAGGCCACGCCGUCAAUAUCCGACAUUUCGAGCUUGGCCUCCCUUAGUGCCCGUUGAACUGCACUCGGCAUGUUGCGUUGGUGUGCGCGGAGAGCUAUCAAAGGAUGGAUUCCACCGUCCCGUUCGUGCAGGUCGUUCUGUCGGCAGACCACGUUGGACCAGAUACGACGGGAGGCGUCCACUACGGCAGCGCAAGUAUCAUCGGCAGACGACUCGAGAGCAAGAACGCGGAAAGGGUGCCGAAGAACCGCAUUCAUGGAGCAGCCUUGGCAGUGCAUCACUCAGGAGUGGGAAGACCUUGCGAGUUGAUUGUGAUGCUCACAGGUGAACGCAACCCUCCCCCCAGUUUAGCCGAUCUCAGCAGAAACACGUCCGUCAUAUCCACCAGCAGCACUGAAUCCGAACUCGAUCUUACUCCUCCGCGCCCUCGGCCCAUUCGCACCUUCUCUGCACCGCGUUCCCGCAGUCCUCAAUCACCGACAAGCCGAGCUGGAUCGCGUCCACCUCCAUCAUAUCUCUCCCGGGAACUGGGCGUAGCAGAACCUACCACAUCGCCUGCAAAAGGGAAAUCUCCCGCGAGAUCAUCGGGGAAAGUCACCCUACACGAUUUCCAAUUCGGUAGCACCCUCGGCGAAGGCUCGUACUCCACUGUGAAACUUGCUACCUCUCGCGUGGACGGAAAACAGUAUGCGGUGAAGGUCAUUACGAAGAACCACUUGGUUCGUGCUGGCAAAGUAGGGACAGCCACGGCAGAGAGGGAUGCCCUCCUGCGACUAAACGGUCAUCCUGGGAUCGUCUUUUUGUAUUAUACGUUCCAAGAUGAAUGGAGUCUAUACUUCGUCAUCGAUUUGGCUACCAUGGGGGAGAUGCAGUCCCUGAUAUCUAGACUGGGGUCUCUCUCUACACAAUGUACCCGCUAUUUCUCCGCCCAGAUUGCAGAUGCCCUCGAAUACAUCCAUUCCAAAGGAGUCUUGCAUCGGGAUCUCAAACCUGAAAACCUAUUGCUGGACAGCGCUUACCGCAUCAAGAUAACCGAUUUUGGCACGGGGAAGGUCCUGGCGCAAGGAGGUGAAUACGGUUUCUACUCAGAUUAUUGGGCGUUUGGCUGUGUCAUAUUUCAGAUGAUAUCUGGCAGAUUUGCCUUCAAUGACCUUUCUGACUACCUGACCUGGCAGAAGAUUAAACGGGUGGAAUACGAGUUUCCGGAAGGUUUCGACGAGGAAGCUAAGAAUCUUGUUCAACGUCUCCUGGUCUACGAUCCUUCGGCGCGACUGGGGGCCGGUCAAACAGAUAACGACACCACGGCCCUGAAAGCCCAUGCCUUCUUUUCUCCGAUCACCUGGACCUCAUUGUGGACCGAUGUCGCGCCCCCGAUUGAACCUGGCCUAGUUGUAAGGGAACAACCGUCUGCAGAAAGCGAAAAUGCUCGCUGGGAGGACUUUGGCCAGGCCUGGGACAAAUUGGCCUUGCAAGACGAUGAAGACAGUGAUGAGAUAGAAUGGGCUAAAACCGACCCGGAGCGUUCGCCCGGAACAGCUGGGAGAUCUUCUGCCCGGGAUGACUCUUCCUCGUCUUCUGGUCACGGCGAUCCCGCUGCGGGCACAUCACUGCGAGUCCAAGUAUCGGAUCCCGAUGGCAGAGCAGUCCAAGUUGAAAGAGGUCGAGAUCGAGCACCUACUCCCUUACGCGGCGGUGAUGCCGAUACCACCGUUUUUGCCGCCGCUCUCAAGCUUUCGCCGGAGGAACAUAUUGUCAUGCAUUCCCCGGUUGAGCACAUCACUUCGAGGCGACGUGCCAGCCGCAUCCUGCUUGCAAUUCCUCCGAAAUCGAAACGACGCCAUCUGGUGCUCACCAAUCAACGGCUCAUAUGUUUGAAGCUGUCCAACUGGUCGAUCAAGACUGAAAUGCUCCUGGCGAGCCAGGGCAAGACUUCGACAGGGGUGAUUACCGAUGUGCAAAGGAGAGGACAGCAUCAAUUUGUGUUAACGGUGUCACCCGCGAAAAUGCAUAUAUACAGCGCUAGCGAUGCGACAUCUGCAGACAUCUGGGUAGAGCGAAUCCUAGCUUCGCAGUCGGGGUAA